UUUUAAUUGUAAACUAAUUAAUUACUAAAUAAUUUACAUAAUCCAACAACAAAUUGAUCUGCAAAUAUGCACGGUUUAAGAGCAGACCACAAAUCUCUCGGAGGACUCGGUACAAGCCGAUGGUUGGAAGCACUUUGGGAACCAAGCGCUGGUUUAUUUGCUCUGCCAGGUGGACUUGAUAUGUUGGAUAUAAGUGGCGAUGGAGAUGCCAGAUUCAUUUGCGCUGAUUUAGGGCCAGUCGGAAAUGAUUCAACAAAGGUACGAGUGUAUAAAGGAGGUGAUCAAGUAACUGAACAUAAUAUGGUGGAUCCGCCUUGCGGCAUAGUUGGUUUUUAUACGGAGAAUGGGGAACCUCGGUCAUCGGUAGUAGCUGUAGGAGCUGGGGCCAGUGUGUAUGUUUUCAAGAAUAUGAGACCCUUCUUCAAGUAUUGCCUGCCACAUAUCGAUGCACAUCCGAAAGAACGAGAAAUCUGGCACAAGUGUGGACUGGAUGAGGAAUUAAAUGUGUUGACAUUGGCGGACGAUUUAGAACUGUUGCUGAAAGAGCUCGGUGCGGCGUUUCUUUCGCCUCGAACGUUAAAGUUUCUAUCUAUGGACAGUAAUUUACGAUUGAGCUUUGCGGAGCAAUAUAGAAGAAUACCGUUGGUUAAGCCGAACGCGUUAACAGCGAUCGCGAUUAUACGAAGAGACUCGUGGAACGACCCCGCCAGUAGUUGUCUUAUAUUAGGGACGGAAGCUGGAGAAAUUCUCGUCUUAGAUCCCAGAGCUUUUUUAGUUAUGGAUAAACAUCAACUGGAGUGGCCACCGGUAGCAUUCGCCAGCUGCGGUUUAUGGACGGGCGACGGUCGUAUAAUGGUCAUUGGAAGAGAUGGAAGAAUAGGAGCGAUCAGAAGAGGAAGUCCCGUGAAACUUUGGGAAACAUUGCCUGCACCAGCUGUAUCUAUUUCCGUUCUUACUUCCGGAGGAGCGGCGGUAACUGUGAUGGACGGUACUUUGGUGGGAUUUUCAAAAAGGGGCAUAAAGCUGUGGAGUAUCGGUAUUCCUGGUAUAAUAUUAGAUCUAGUGAGUUUACCAGUACCACAAAGCGGUCUGUCCUUGUUGGCCGUAAGCACAGCGGGGCAUGGAGUUCGCAUUUAUGACGGAAAACAUCACGUGGAUACGGUGAAGAUUAUGGAACCCGUAUCUGCUCUUAAGUACGGACGAAUGGGACAAGAGGAACGAACAAUAGCGAUGGUCACUGUUGGUGGUGCUCUAUGUAUGAAGAUCCUUAAGCGUACUGCCGACUUUAAUGUAAACAAUUCAGCGUCGAAUUCAUUAUCAUGCAACGCGUCCAAGUUUUCGAUACCGAAAAAAACAAGAUUGUUUGUUGAUCAAACGAUAAGAGAAAGAGCCGAGGCGAAAAAAAUACACAAUACAUUUCAGCAAGGUUUUCUUCGUUUGCGUUUAACCACAGCUAAACGAGCCUCCGAACACUUAAACGAGCACCAAACAUCAGGACCGAAUCCUAUUACGUUGGAGGCAAACGUUCUCGGCUUAGGACCCAGUUAUAUGAUUCGUGUUUUAGUGACUAAUAUCUCUGAGAAUUUAGUCCAUACGGAAUUGUAUAUUCUCUGCAGAGCCGAGAACACCAACGUGAAUCCUCGUGUGAUAAAUUUGCCCUUGCUACCGAGUGCUGUACCCAUACCUCUGACUGUUUGUGCAAACUUGAAGAGUCAAAUAUCAGGCAAGAUUAAAAUUUUGCUGUGCAAAAAAUCAAAUCCGAAGCCUUUGGCUGUAACAGUUGUAAUAUUACCGGCUGCUGAGGAAGACUUUGACGUUUAAGUAAUAAGUCUCAUUUUAUUUUUAUGUUCUACGUAUUUUCAAUUUUACGCACUGUCUGCGCUUACAACCGUCUGCCAGCACAAAUGUGCACACAGCCAAUUAAAAGAUGUCUAAAAAAUAAUUAAAGGUAAAGCGUCAACGAUAAAGACUGAUAGCUGCAGAGUCUCUCCGCGCAGAAGGGCGAUCAUUAAAUGUUCAAAAUGCGAUCGCUGUCAAUAGCUGUAUUGAACCGUGUGAAGGAGGCUCAUUUUUUUCGCACCCUAAAUAUCGUUCGACUGGACUCACUUCACUUUCCGAAGCCACGUGAAUUUCAGAGAGUUUCGCUACACGGAUAUGUUAUGCAUGUGUUAGUGGCGGCGUUAGUUUGAUCGAAUGUAGGAUUUUCCCUCAUAGUACAUCACUGUAUUGCACAUUACAAUGUUGACUAAUAUUUGUAUGAAAAAUUUCAGAAUUACUCGCGACGUUAGUCCUUCCCAUCGCAUUUUCAAAAUCUCCACAAUGAUCCGAUUUUUCCACACACCGCUUUCACUUCUCACUUUUCUCGAUCCGCUUCUCCUCCCUCCCUUAUUAUCCGCUA